GAAAACAUGGCGGACAAACCGAGCGCAGAGGUCAGAAGAAUUCACAAAAAGAUCCAGUCUGCUUUUAAAGUGUUUGAUAUCAUGUCUAAUGACACGGUGGACGUCAGGGAGAUUGACACAAUCAUCUACUCACUUGGCUGCUUCCCCAGUCAGUCAGAUGUACAUAAGUUCAUCACUGAGAUUGACGAGGACCACACUGGAUACAUCAGCUAUGACAAGUUCCUUCCCGCCAUGACCAAAGUCCUGCAGGAGAACAAGUUCCCACCCAUCACAGAUGAAGAUCUACUUCAGGCCUUCCAGGUCCUGGACAACGGGAAGAAGGGCUACCUGGCACCUGAGGAGCUGUCCAAGCACAUCAUGCAGGAGGGGGAGCCCUUCACUCAGGACGAGAUGGACGAGAUGUUGAUGGCCUUCUGUGACCCAGACAAGAACGUGAUCUUCUACGAGGACAUCAUCACCCAGCUUGCCGGCAUUUGACAAGUCGACCAGAUGAGCCUGAUAGCACCAGGGCAGCGCAGGUUCACCAAACACUAUAAAAUGAAAGAUAUUUUCUGACAAACAAAAACAUGGAAUUUCUGCCUAACAUCAUUAAAUGUCUUCAGCCUUAUGGCACAACUAAGUGAGAAAACCUCUCAUACAAACCCCCGUUCACUCCAAAAGAUGAGUUGAACCAAGAAUGGAAACCAAGUCACAUCUGUCUCCUCACAUGAUGGAACCAGCGGAAUUUAUUGACCUGUUUUAAGUUUGUGGUCUUCAGAAAGAAUUUGAGGUCAAAGGCCAUGAUGCUGCUUUGACAUGUGUGACAGAUCAAUCUGUACACUGACCUGACAGAUUCAGCAGGUCAAUAAAAACAGUGAACCUUAUACUAUUAACAGCCUCGUGACAUCUCAAACUUCAGUUCGGGAAACGCCAAGGAACUCAUAAGCAAACAAACGUCAACUGCUGUAACCUGUUCUACAUGGUUAGCUGCAUGAUAUGGGAUGGAACAUCGAAGAGCAGGGAAGUGAGCAAAAAAGAAGACACACAGAAUGAAUGAGGAAUUGCACCAUGAAAUGAAUGUUUAAACAAAACAUUCCAUCAAAGAUGACUUAGCAGGGAUCAAGUCAACAUGUAUGUCAAAGAACACGUUUAUUCUGGACCUGGUUGUGCAGCAUGAAUGAGCUGUAAACAAUUAUUUCACAGUGAAGUCGCUUUGAGUCUGAGAAUGUGGCAAAGCAGAUUGACUUUCUCAUGCAAACAACUGAUUUCCUAAAGUGUCCAGUUUGAGAAUGGGAAGUUCAACAUAGUCUUCGGUCAGGUUUCACACACACACACCAACCAAGCGGAGUGACUGAGGUAGCAGCUAUGAGAAUGGCUUUGAUGUUUGACUGUCAUGUGGGGAGAAGCCAACAUACGUCAUGAACAGCAAUAGUUUAAAAUGAAGUCCCUAGUUCUCCUUUCCACGACAGUGGGUUUGCUUCCACCUGUGCGUGAUACAGGCCACCCAGCUCUUCUGAUUGGUUUGGUCAGAUCAAUGAGCCACACAAGAGAGAGAAGUUAGAAAAACAAUAUUGCACUUGAGCAGACAGAGGAAUGUCAAUAUUAAACACACACCUAUAUUUUCACAUAUCUGGAAUCACUGAGAGCUAUUGGCUUCUAUUCACACAUUCAAGAAGAAAUUGCUACUCGAGGAACAGAAGAGCACAUGAAUCUGCAUAACAUGGGACAACUCAAUUACUGAGAAGGCUCUCCUCUGAGUCUGAGGGGGAUAACAGAGUUAUCGAUAACAGAAAUGUUGACAUGGCAAAUGAAGAGUUUGUCAGGAAUAAGAUAUUUUUGGGGGCUCUUGACCGGCAAAACAGUAGUGGGCAUCAGAAUGGAGA